AAAACCACGUUGACCGAUUUAUGUUCCAACCUACAUCGCUCAAGAGAGGCUCUGUUCCAAUCGUAAGUGAAAAGGCGUGCCUGUCCAAAAUAUUCAACGUAUAGUUAAAAAAUGGGAGGGCGCACUUGAACUCGUUGAAGUCCUUUAUGAAGGUAGGCUGCAGCGUGUGUUUAUUGAUGAGAUGAAAGAAGAUGGAAGUGAGAAAUGAAAUAAAGUAAGGGAAAAUAUUAAACAAUUCGAAGCCUUGCCGGGGAAAAACCGGGGAAGCUGUGAAUCGCUGUCGCCAUUGGAAAAAAAGCUUAGGACAGCAGCGAUACGUCUGGAUUGGCUCACGAAGACACUGCCAGGACAUCAAAUGUGAUCUGUGAUGUCAUUGCAAGGUGGGGAGGUUUUGGAGGUGUCCACUUUAAAUUGAAAGGGCGGUAUUGAAGAGACCACUGUGGCAGAGCGACCUGUGAUAGAGGCAAGCAGAGAGGACGAAAGGUAUUGCACUGGUCUUCUCUCAGCCACCUCCACCAGGAACCUGUAGCAGUGUGUCCUGUGCCUCAUCACCAGCCUCACACACAUCUUCCCAACCAAGCGUCAUCUGACUGUGUGACAUCAGUUGCAAGGGGAUGACCGAGCGCAUUCAUAACAUCAAUCUCCACAACUUCAGCAAUUCUGUACUUGAGACCCUCAAUGAGCAGCGCAACCGCGGGCACUUCUGUGACGUGACUGUUCGGAUCCAUGGAAGCAUGCUGCGAGCCCACCGCUGCGUGCUGGCCGCUGGGAGCCCCUUCUUUCAGGACAAGCUGCUCCUGGGCUACAGUGACAUUGAGGUCCCCUCUGUGGUCUCGGUGCAGUCCAUCCAGAAGCUGAUAGACUUCAUGUACAGUGGGGUCCUGCGGGUUUCCCAAUCGGAAGCUCUCCAGAUCCUCACUGCUGCCAGCAUACUGCAGAUCAAAACGGUCAUCGAUGAGUGCACCCGCAUCGUGUCCCAGAAUGUGGGCCUGGCCGGGCCAGUGGGGUUCCCUGUCAACCCAGGAGACUCUGGGCAGGAGACGCCCCGGGGCACACCUGAGUCAGGCACCUCUGGGCCCAGCAGCGAUGCAGAGUCAGUGUACAUGCAGGCCACAUCUCAGCAGAACCUAGAGCGUGCGUACACAUCGCAUUACUCCUACUCCGGCCUUUCACUGCAGAAUGGAACCCGUGAGCGCUCCCACUACGUAACCAGUAUGACAACAAGCUACGACCCAGCCCUCGGCACGCAGAAGGACCAGCAUGACCAGGACCCGCCGUGGAUCACCCGCAUCCAUGAGAGGUCACAGCAGAUGGAACGCUUCCUCUCCACCCCUGAGACCACCCACUGCCGCAAGCAGCCCCGACCGGUACGCAUACAGACAGGAGGCGUUCACAUAAAGCAGGAGGCAGAGGACGAGUACAGCAGCUAUGGUAUGGAUGAGUGCACAGAAGACACAGAACACGUUGAGGGUGUGGAGAGUGAGCCGAAGGGUGAAAGCUUUGACUCAGGGGUAAGCUCCUCCAUCGGUACUGAGCCAGACUCCGUGGAUCAGCAGCAGUACCUGCUUGGCUUUGGGAGGGAAGGGGUUGGAGAGGGGCAACAGUGCGAGGGGACCCCAGUGCAGAUCGAUGUCAAUGACUCCUCCCCAGAGCAGAUGCAUGAGACGGAGGACAGGGGCACAUCCCACGGCACUAGCGACAGUAACAUGUUGCAGCCCCUGCCCAACCCAAUCAUGGCCCAGUCCCUGCCAAGUGCCCCACUCUAUAUGCGCCAGGCCGAAUCUCACACCAGCAACCUGAGGAUGCCGCUCACCAUGACCAGCAACACCCAGGUAAUGGGCACGGCCAGCAACUCCUACCUGCCCAACCUCUUUGCCACACAGUCGGCCAGCAACAACAAGCCCUUCCUCUUCAGCCUGCCACAGUCCAUGGGAGGCCAACAGACCCAGUUUGUGGCCGUUCCGCCCCCUUGUAUGCCCCCAUUCUCUCAGCAGUUGAUGGUACAGCAGCAGGCAGUGCGGGAACAGCAACAGGCGGCCCAGAUGGGACAGGGGGAGAAGAAGCCCUAUGAGUGCACUCUGUGCACUAAAACCUUUACUGCUAAACAGAACUAUGUCAAACACAUGUUUGUGCACACUGGUGAGAAACCACACCAGUGCAGCAUCUGCUGGCGCUCGUUCUCCCUGAAGGAUUACCUAAUCAAACACAUGGUCACACACACAGGGGUGCGUGCCUACCAGUGCAGCAUCUGCAACAAACGCUUCACCCAAAAGAGCUCCCUCAACGUCCACAUGCGGCUGCACCGUGGAGAGAAGUCCUACGAGUGCUACAUCUGCAAGAAGAAGUUCUCGCACAAGACCCUGCUGGAGAGACACAUGGCUCUGCACAGCACAGCGGGCGCCGUCACAGGUCUGUCGGGGGCAGCAGGCGCCGGUGGUCCCGUCUCCAUCCCCAUGGCCGUGCCCGAACCCGGCGCCGGAGUGGUGGCCCUCGCCAUGCCCGUCAGCGGAGGUGCCGGAAUAGGGGGUGGGGUCGGAACAGGAGUGGGUGUGGCUGCGGAGGCAAGCUGCCAAGAAGGGACCACCUACGUGUGCUCCGUCUGUCCUGCCAAGUUCGACCAAAUUGAGCACUUCAAUGACCACAUGCGAAUGCAUGUCUCCGAUGGAUAAGUACAAAUAGAUGCACUUCUUUUAAAAAAAGAAUGAAAAAGAAAAAUGGCACUAGAUUUUUUUAUUUUGGGGCAUGAAGAGUAAUGAGUAUAGACACUGGCACAUUAAGUUUCCCAGAAAGGAGUUUUUUUGUUGUUAUUCUAAAAGAAAAACAAGAUGGUGGCCUUAAGGCUUUGUAGUUUGAUAUUGAUCCACUGGAUGGAUCCUUACUACAGGCCUCUAAAUGUAUGCUUUCCUAAAAUUACUGAUUUAUGUGUUGAACACUACCGAAAGGCCUACGAAAGAAACACACACAUACACAAAUUCAAACUUACACACCUAUAUACAGUAUAGAUAUAUGUUUGUAUGAGUGUAUGUGUUCAUGUGUGUAUGUGUGUGCUUGUGUAUUUGUAUGUGUGCGUGACUGCUUGUGUGUGUGUGUGUGUGUGUGUGUGCGCGUGUGCAAACAUUGCCAUGAAAUUUCUAACAUGGUAAAUGUGAUCCCAUAUUGACCGUUUUGGGCACUAUAGGCGUCCAAGCUUACUGUGGUAUGAUUUUCAAAUAAACAACAAAAAAAAAAAUCUGGCUUGGGCUAAAGAUUCCCUCUUAAAAAAUAUUGUUGGUCACAAGUUUGCCUUCUUAUGUCGGAUAAGAAAAGGAGAGUAAUUCAUUUGACACUGGGUUUUUAUUUAUUAUUAUGGUAUCGAGGGAUUAAAAUGCAGCUGUUGUGGAGGUACAAGAUGAUUUGACUAAUUGUACUGAAAUGUAACUUCCUGUGAGUGGGUAUAGGAAUGGUUAUUUGGUUAAUGUUUUACUGUCCAUGCAGUUUGAUGGUUCAGGUUAAGUUGACGAAAUUAGGGUUGUUGAUAAGACAGUAUCUGAGCAACAAACAAACAAAAAGUAAUAUUGUUAGGAGUUUAUUUCGUUUGCAUACACUGCCACUAAUAUCUUAGAAGACUGUUCAGGCUACAACUUAUUAACAGAAGACAGAAGAAAGUUCUUCUUGACUUAAUCUGUUUCUAAAUUAUGGUUUAGUUCUAUGAAGAGGAUUUGACAUGUGCAGUUGUGGCAGGCUUGAGUAUGUCACCAGACUUAUCAUGAUUGCUGUUCCCACAACGUGUACCAGACUGUUAUCAGCUGUAGAUUACGACGCGAUUCGUCAUUAUUACUAUUAUCGUUCAAAUUAUUUAAACAAAUAUAUAUAUAUAUAUAUUAUUUGAUAAUGGAAUGAUUUACCAAGGAAGUUUAAGACAGCCGUCAAAUGGAUUACCGGUGAAUUGAGAAUGAUUCUGUGAACUUGCAUUGGACAUAAAUAUCAUCCUAUGACCUAAAACUCUUGUCUACCCUGUUCCUAAGGAUAUGACCCAGCUAUUUGAGCAGGUGGAGAAAAUGAAAUGCACUACUCCUGAAAUCUUAGCUCCACCUGGUGGCCCAAAUGACAUGCCAUGUCCGGACAUGACAUGCAGACAAGAGAGACACGAGGCAAAAUAAAGCAUGAUAACAUAUACCCGGGUCAAUAAUUAGCCUACUUCAUAAUAUACCACAAUUUGCAGAUGGACUUUCCAGACAAUAAGAUACAUUCCUGUUUUCACCGGAUACCUAGACACAAGUGUGUACAGAAUAGAUUUGGGAGUAGGGAGUGGGGAGACCGUUCGAGUGUCACGUCACUCAGAGGCUCUGCUCUGAUAUUUGUCUUGUUGUUCUUUGCAUUUUAUCCAAAAUAAGACAGACACGUCUGCCUGCAACUGCAAUCUGACGUUUUUGCUCAUUUCAUUUGAGUAGACACCUUUUUUUUUUUUAGUUACAACGAUGAGAUCGUAACUAACCACAAUUACAGUACAGUCUGAAAACAAUAUGUUGUAGAUAGAAACAAAGUGCUGCAUUGCAAAUUUUCUUCAAAUGCCUGUGCUUAAUAUUGAAUUGUUUUACUUAAGAAAUUAAAUUCUAUGAUUUUCGUUUUUUUUUUAUUUUCUAAAGGAAAAAAAAAAUAUUUCUUAAAAGCUUGAUAAGAGGACUGCAUUAUUUUCUUGCAUAUGUGUUGCACUGCUUAAACCGAUAAGUGCACUACUGUUACCAGAGAUAUUUUAGUUUUAGAGAAUAAUAAUCAUUUUUUAUCGAAUGUUUGGUUGUAGAAUUCACGUAUUAGAGUAGCUUUUGUUCUAUUUUUCGAUAAGGUAAUUCAACGUUUCUUGGCUUUUGUUAUUGCUUGCUACUAUAUGUAUUGACUUGUGCCGUGUUUGUGCAAGCAUUUAUUUUUUAUUCAAAUCCGAACCAUCGUGUGAGCUUCUCUCUGUUCUUACCCUUUUUAAAUGCAUUCUUUACAGGAGUUAAUCCCUUCUAACAGCAGUUAUCACACUGCAUACAUUAGAACAGAUGCUGAAUUUUCAUACAAAAAGCAUUCAUGCCAAAUGAUACAC